UAUUAAAAGGAAGAGUACACGUGUUUUUUUACAUUGCUUUGAAAUUUAAAACAUUGUACAUCAUUGACAGUUGACAUCAAGUUAAUACGAUUUUACUAUGUUUGCGAAAAAUGGAGCCGAGAGGGAUCAAGGGGCCCCACCGGAGAAACGAGCACGUUUAUCUGAAGAAGAAUUCAAGGCUCUGAAAGCAAGGCUGAAAGCAAGAAAACAAGUUUUGCAAACCUAUCCACGGUUCAAACUUUUGAUGGCAGGUGUCCCUGCAAGCUUGGCAUCACCAAAAGAUUCACGUGCUCCUCUUUCAAUUAAAGAUGUGCAAGAUCUUAUUCUUUGUUCAGUUACUGGGGAAGCUCGCCAUUUGAAUAGGUGGUUCUUACUGUUCCAAACACAGCGGAUAUCGCAAACAACCAUAUUAGUUGUUGACAAUAUUUCGGUCACUGACUUGGAAGAGAAUCAAGAACAUUUUUCUAAAACUCUUGAAAUUUUUGAAGAUGGAGUGGAAAUGUUCAACCCUAAGAAUGAUGGAAUUGACCUGAGUGCAGCAUUGGCUUACUCCCCUAUCACCAAUGCUUUAAAGGGUAGAAUGCGAAAAGUCUAUCAAUCACUGAAGGAAGCCCUUGAUGAUGGCCACGUUUACAGUGUCUUGGAUUUCACGGAGCAAAAUUGCCAAGGAAUCGAAAAGUCAACAAGCAGUGGUGAAAAGCAAAAAGUAAAUUUAACUGAGAAUAACAAGGGCUGUACUAAAACCCAGUUAAUGUUGAGUGCCCUGCAACUGAUCACUGGUCACUACCCAUUCCCGGGACAUGGCCGGCCCCAAGAAUUUCGUUUUACGAAGGACAAAUAUGAGCCAGUUACGGACAAUUCGCCCAUGUUUGCGAUCGAUUGCGAGUGGUGCCUGUGCGUUGAUGGCAGCAUUGGUUUGGCACGUGUUGCCAUUGCCAACGAAAAAUUGCAGCCCGUUUACCAUGCCUACGUUUUACCUGAUAAACCAGUCAAGGAUUAUUCAACAAAAUGGUCAGGAAUUACACCGAGUCUUCUGAGGGGCGUCCAAAAAACAUUGUGUCAUAUCCAGGAGGAUAUAAGUAAGCUUUUACCGCCCGAUGCUAUCCUGGUUGGUCACAGCCUUCGCGGAGAUUUGAUAGCAUUACAACUGUUUCAUCCUUACAUUAUCGAUUCAUCCGUUAUAUUCAACAUGACGGGCUGUCGAUUUAUGAAAUCCAAACUGCAGUUCUUGUCUAAAUUGUUUUGCAACCGUGAUAUUCAGUUGUCGAAUAAGGGUCACGACCCGAACGAGGACGCGCUUUCUACAAUGGAGCUGGUGUUACUAAAGCUGAAAAAUGGGCUGGAUUAUGGAGAUCGUUUGCGUAAUUCAAUGGGUUGUUGGAAUGGCCCUUCAAGAGAAAAGAUUCUGGGAGUGAUAUCAAGCGCUAUAUUCGGUGGUAGAGGUGGUCGGUCGGAUGAAAAUUUGGAUCUUCAAGAUGUUCUUCUAAUGAAAUUCUUCACAUUUAUACAAAAUGUCGACAAGAGUGCCAUACUGAUCACGCAUCCGGCACACGACAAAAUCUAUCGACCCAAAACACCCUUACAUCCAGGAUUAUUCAAUUGUAGAGCAGAUCCGGUAAAGAUUGUCCAACAGCCAGAAAUGGAAAAAAUUGCAACGACAUUGGAUUCGGAGUCCAAGAAAGAUUUGGUGUUUGUUCACACUGCAGUUGCUAAAGAAGAGGAAAAUAAGGGACACUUGAAAAAACUUGACCAGCUCAUUGCAGAUUUGCAUGAAAGAAUGCCCAUGCGUGGUGUGAUGAUUGUCGUUUUCGGUGGUGCAGAAAAUUCCUUAGAAAACGGCUUGUGUAUGAUAAAUGUUAAAAAACCUCCGAAAGAUCAGCUUUGACCUAAAUUUGUCCGCCACCAAUAAAAUUUAUUUCAUUUCAAGAA